AUGAUAGCAAAAGCAGCUAUUUCAAGACGGAUGAAUAAUAUUAUUGACAUUUCGGAUGAUACAGCAGAGUCACACCUUGGACAACUGUCCAUUGAUGCGCAGUUACUUGCCAAACAGCUGUUCCCCACUCCAGCUAUAGAAUAUAAGGCCGAGGAGGAUAACGAUGAGUUCCUUGACAAGGUGAUCAAUGAGGUAGAUCGUGUCUCAAGCGAUAAAAUCAUUAGACGUAUCUAUUCUCAAAUUCUGGAAACACUUCGAUAUGACAGCUAUCUUUACAAUGAAGAAGAGAAAAACAGCGAAGCAGAUUACAUCAUAAAAUUGUAUGGCCCCAUCAUGGAAAACCUUUUCAGGGGAAGCGGAUGUCGAUUGGUUUGGAUUUUCGCUAGAAACAUUACCAAAUCACCUGAUCUUUGCAUUGCUGAGUAUGCCAAGGAAGCAACACCAGCCAAGUACUUUUAUGAUAAAACCAAGAUUGUGAUUGCCACCCUAGUCCAUCUGAAAGAACAUAUCAGCCGGGGUAAACUUACUUUGGAUCAGGCAAAAUUAUUUGUAGUACCUUUUGUUCUUUGUGAGGGAUUAGAAGCAGAAAUCCACUGUCUCAGACUGGUUUCAGAUGAUUGGUGUAUUGUUGAAAAGCAACUAUGCCUUGCGUUGAAGAAUCAAACCACCACAACUCGCCGAAAGUCUCGAGGAAUGAGUAGUAUCAGACAAGGCAGCAACUUCAAGAGCUUUCAAAAACGACGAAUUUGGAGUGACUUGAAUGAGAAUGAUUGGUUGGAAAUCCAACGAAUGCGGACGGCCAUUUGUUUCUGA